CCUUCAACUACUCAGGUAAAAAUGGCUUCUUUCCACGAUGCACAAGGAUUCCGGGGUAACCAAGGUGAAGACGAAAAGGUUGAUGUGAUAUCCGUGGAGCCUAUCGCGAUGAUAGUGUCGCCGGAGUUGCAGGAUUCGCCCAGAACCGCCGCGCCGGAGAGUAGCGCCAGUUCAAGCGUGGGUGGUGGUUCUAAGAGCCACCGGUCGUCAACCUCCAGUGAUUCGCCCACGGAAGAGAUACCUGGUGGAGCGGAGGGUGUUGAGGAGGUUGGCUGCAGUGCACCGGUGACGAGUGCAGCAGCGGAGGUGGUGGUGUUCGAAGGGUGGGAGAGCAAAGUUUUGAGUGGACGACUGGAUAACCUUCGUAAGGCUCCCAAAACCCUGCCGGCCGGCUUCAAGUUCAGGGCGGUGCUGCAUCAUGAGGUUGCAGAUGGCGCGGCCACGGUGAAGGGUUACAAGAAGCUGGAGGAGAUGGUGAGGCGAUUCCAGAUCCCCAGAACCAUCCUGAUCCGAGCUGGGACACCAAAUGAACGGGCGUGUUCAGUGUCGUGGACGGGUUGGGUGCCAGUAUACGUAGACCAUUUUGACGCCGGUCUACGUUUUCCUUUACCCGGACUAAUUUUUGACGUCCUGGCAAAGUACGAGCUGGUCCUUUCGCAACUUACUCCCAACAGCAUAAAGUUUAUCAUAGGCUUUAUGCUGUUGUGCGAAAGGUUGGGGAUGCUUGCUAAGGCGGUGGUCUUUAGGUCGCUCUUCCUGUGCCGGUUGUGCCCGUCCACCAGUGGAACGAGAUGGUACUACAUCUCGGGGAGAGAGAAAAUGAUGAUAUUCACCAACAUAAGGAACAAAGUGGCGAGGUGGAAGAGACAGUUCGUCUUCGUUCGGGAUACACGAACUGAACGAAUCAGUAACGAGCUCGCCGCCCGUCUGUCAGAGUGGCGCACACCCAACACCUACAUGAACUACCCACAGCUGACAGUUGGUGAUGUCGACCUGAAGAACCGGCUGCUCGACUAUGUGAAGGCGAGGGGGUUGGUGGAUCUAAAAACCUUGGUUACCCCGGACCAGAUCGCACUUCGAGAAAUGAGCAGCAUCCUUGAGAGGCAACGGCAGCGAGUUCAAGGCUCAAGGAGCCGGGGAGCUGGGUCUGGUUCACAGCGUCAAUCCCGCUUUGACGAGCGGCCACCUGCUGCACCGGGGCGCAGCUCGCAGCACUGGAGUUCCAGCUCGGCACAGAGGCCGCGUGUCGAGCAACGAGCAGAACCGGCGCCCUCAAGCUCAAGAAGGCGCGUACGGGAGGACUCCGACGCAGAGGACGACGUUCCCCUUAUCCGGCAGAGGACAAGUACCGGCUCGCAGCCCGCUCCGGCCGUUGCUGCACAACUUGGCAAUGUGCCCAAAGCUCCAGCUCGUGAGGUUGUCGAGCCAACACCAGCCUCGUCGUCUGUGGCGGGGCCUAGGAAUGUAUACCCUGACGGCUUCAGUUACGUACGGACUGAGUGCCAUGCUGCCAUGCUGCAGGCCCGGGUGCAAAACAACGAGCUCCAGAAAAGCUGCAAACAAUUGGCCACUGAAAAAGCCAGUUUGGCUAACGAGAUCAGUCGUCUGCAGAGCUCGGAGAUGGCAGACCAAGCGGCAUUAGCUGAAAGCCGAGCUGACGAGCUGGCCCGUAAGGUUAACGAGCUGAAGGAUGAGCUCGUGAGGGCCCGAGUGGAGAAGGAGAGUGGCAUCCAAGCUGCGAAGGAGGAGGCCGGUCGUGCAGAGGACCGUGCCAAGAGGGCAGAAGCUGAGAGGGAAAAGACUCUGCGCGAGCUGAACGCCAUGGCAGAGAGGAGGGCUGAGUGGCUGGUGGGGGCAGAUAUGUUCCAGGACGCCGUGGCAGUGGCUGCAGCCAACACCACCACGGAUAUUUUCAAUGAAGUUCGUGGGAAGGUGUUGGGAGUCCGGGCAGACUUCCCCAUUGGUGAAUUGGCCUUCUUCGAGGGCGAGGAGAUCGAUGCUGACGAGAAGAGUCUCACCCAGCCAGCGAAUACCAGGGUGAAAUUGAGAUGGGAGCUCAACGAGGAGGGGCUGCCCGUGUGGCCCCCUUCUGUCGUUGAGGAGGGAGAGGACACGGAGGGGUUGCCGAGCUUCGAUGCUUGGGUGGCAGACCCCAAUGACGUGCUUGCUGAGCCUUCCAGCACUCCCCCCUCUGUUCCACCUCAGCCCGUCACGGCCGCAGCUCCAGCUAUUCUCUCUCCUGCUCACUCUCCUGCUCACUCUCCCCCAGAUCGGUCAUUCUAGCUCGAUCUGCUGCUGCACCAAACGACGCAUCCAUCCCCGUCGACCUGAUGGAUGAUUAGUUUAGGAGCUUUUGCUUUGCUUUUUGUAUUUCUUUUUGUCUUUUUAUGUUAAUCGAACACAUGUACAAGAACAUUCAUGAAAUACAACUCCAACCUUUAC